UAACAGCCGCCGCCGCCGCCGCCGCUGCCGGGAGCCCGGGCCGCGAGCGAGAGCCGCGGGGCGCACAGCCGGCCCCGCCGCCCGACCGCUCGGCGCCACCAGGUGAACAGACAUGGCGGGCUGGAUCCAAGCCCAGCAGCUGCAGGGAGAUGCCCUGCGCCAGAUGCAGGUGCUGUAUGGGCAGCACUUCCCCAUCGAGGUUCGGCACUACUUAGCGCAGUGGAUCGAGAGCCAGCCGUGGGAUGCCAUUGACCUGGACAAUCCCCAGGACCGAGCACAGGCCACCCAGCUCCUGGAGGGCCUGGUGCAGGAGCUGCAGAAGAAGGCAGAGCACCAAGUCGGGGAAGAUGGGUUCUUAUUGAAGAUCAAGCUGGGGCACUAUGCCUCGCAGCUGCAGAACACAUAUGAUGGCUGCCCCAUGGAGCUGGUCCGCUGCAUCCGACAUAUUCUAUACAAUGAACAGAGGCUGGUGCGAGAAGCCAACAAUGGUAAUUCUCCAGCUGGCAUCCUGGUUGACGCCAUGUCCCAGAAACACCUCCAGAUCAACCAGACAUUUGAGGAGUUGAGACUGGUCACACAGGACACAGAGAAUGAACUGAAGAAGCUGCAGCAGACUCAAGAGUACUUCAUCAUCCAGUAUCAGGAGAGCCUGAGGAUCCAGGCUCAGUUUUCCCAGCUGGCGCAGCUGAAUCCCCAGGAGCGCCUGAGCCGGGAGACGGCCCUCCAGCAGAAGCAAGUGUCCCUGGAGGCCUGGCUGCAGCGUGAGGCCCAGACGCUGCAGCAGUACCGCGUGGAGCUGGCCGAGAAGCACCAGAAGACCCUGCAGCUGCUGCGGAAGCAGCAGACCAUCAUCCUGGACGAUGAACUGAUCCAGUGGAAGCGGCGGCAGCAGCUGGCAGGGAACGGAGGGCCCCCCGAGGGCAGCCUGGACGUGCUACAGUCCUGGUGUGAGAAGUUGGCCGAGAUCAUCUGGCAGAACCGGCAGCAGAUCCGCAGAGCUGAGCACCUCUGCCAGCAGCUGCCCAUCCCCGGCCCAGUGGAGGAGAUGCUGGCCGAGGUCAAUGCCACCAUCACAGACAUCAUCUCAGCCCUGGUGACCAGCACAUUCAUUAUUGAGAAGCAGCCCCCUCAGGUCCUGAAGACCCAGACCAAGUUUGCAGCGACAGUGCGCCUGCUGGUGGGCGGGAAGCUGAACGUGCACAUGAACCCCCCCCAGGUGAAGGCCACCAUCAUCAGUGAGCAGCAGGCCAAGUCACUGCUCAAGAAUGAGAACGCUCGCAAUGAGUGCAGUGGAGAGAUCCUGAACAACUGCUGUGUGAUGGAGUAUCACCAAGCCACCUGCACUCUGAGUGCGCACUUCAGAAACAUGUCCCUAAAGAGGAUCAAGCGUGCUGACCGGAGGGGCGCAGAGUCUGUGACAGAGGAGAAGUUCACAGUCCUGUUUGAGUCUCAGUUCAGCGUUGGCAGCAACGAGCUUGUGUUCCAGGUGAAGACUCUGUCCCUUCCGGUGGUUGUCAUCGUUCACGGCAGCCAGGACCACAAUGCUACGGCCACCGUGCUGUGGGACAAUGCCUUUGCCGAGCCGGGCAGGGUGCCAUUCGCCGUGCCUGACAAAGUGCUGUGGCCACAGCUGUGUGAGGCGCUCAACAUGAAAUUCAAGGCCGAAGUGCAGAGUAACCGGGGCCUGACCAAGGAGAACCUCGUGUUCCUGGCGCAGAAACUGUUCAACAGCAGCAGCAGCCACCUUGAAGACUAUAACGGCAUGUCGGUGUCCUGGUCCCAGUUCAACAGGGAGAACUUGCCCGGCUGGAACUAUACCUUCUGGCAGUGGUUCGAUGGGGUCAUGGAAGUGCUGAAGAAGCAUCACAAGCCCCAUUGGAAUGACGGGGCCAUCCUAGGUUUUGUGAAUAAGCAACAGGCCCAUGACCUGCUCAUCAACAAGCCCGAUGGGACCUUUUUAUUGCGCUUUAGCGACUCCGAAAUUGGGGGCAUCACCAUUGCCUGGAAGUUUGACUCUCCUGACCGCAACCUGUGGAACCUGAAGCCGUUCACCACACGCGACUUCUCUAUCCGGUCUCUGGCGGACCGGCUGGGGGACCUGAACUAUCUCAUCUACGUAUUUCCCGACCGGCCCAAGGAUGAGGUCUUCUCCAAGUAUUACACUCCUGUGUUCGCUAAAGCAGUAGACGGAUACGUGAAGCCACAGAUCAAGCAGGUGGUCCCUGAGUUUGUGAGCGCAUCUACAGAUUCUGCUGGGGCCAGCGCCACCUACAUGGACCAGGCCCCCUCCCCGGCCGUGUGCCCCCAGGCUCAUUAUAACAUGUACCCACAAAACCCUGACUCCGUCCUUGACCAGGAUGGAGAAUUUGACCUGGACGAGACCAUGGACGUAGCCCGGCAUGUGGAGGAACUCUUACGCCGCCCAAUGGACAGUCUGGACCCCCGCCUCUCCCCACCUGCUGGUCUUUUCACUGCGGCCCGAGGCUCCCUCUCAUGAAUGCUUGAAUCCCAGGCUUCUCUUUGGAAACAACACUCAGUGUGAAGGGGUCAUGUUAAUUGUGAUUUUAGUGUUGCUGUGCAUAUAUUGGUGCCUCUGCUGGCAGCACAUGUCCACACGUACGUGUGUGUGUGCAUGUGUGUGCGUGCGGACACACAAGAUGUGCCUGUCUUGCCUUUGUCCUCCUGGGACAGCAGCCACCCUCUUGCUUUUCAGAUCAGGGCAUCCCAAGAGCACUUGGGGCCUGUAUCUGUUGUAGAAGGGGCCGCUUUUGCUGCUAUUGCAGGCACGCAAUGCAGGCAAACCUAUUCCUGCAGGGGCCUUUACUGCCUAGCACUUGUUUGAAUGAAAUUAUUCAAGAAGGGCCCCGGAGGCAGGUCAUGUCUCUAAGCUUAAGUCGUACUCCUGAGUUAGAAGCUUUGACUCCCAAAGCUUGUACAUGUGCAUUUAUGUAUGUGCAUCUGCUCUCAACGUGUGUUGGUCUAUUGAUUCUUCCCUUCGGGAGGGAGGCCAGGGGUUCAAUUUUGAGUAAUAUUUUAUAGUUUAAUGACUAUGGACUUGUGACUUUUGUGAACCAAGUGCUUAUCCAGGCCGUGGCCCUAAUACAGCAGAAAUGGGUCACUGGAGUCGGGUCUGUCAGGGCUGCUGUAAGCAUGUAGUUUCUUGGCCUCCUGGCCUCCACCAGGGUACUUGGGCUUCACAUCUGUGGUGCUGUUGCCCAGUCCUGUUCUCUUUCCAACUCUCUCCCCUUCCCUCCAUCCGGCCUCAGCCACCUUUCCCUGACGCUCUGCAACCUUGCUCCCAGGAGAGGUAGGACACGGCCAGGAACAGGUCUAGGACAUGGUGGGUGAACAGAGGGCCCGGGACUUCAGUGUUGAUUCCCUCCCCUCCUGGAAGAAAAAACCCUGCAGUAAGAGACAGCAUCAAUUAUAGCUGCUUGCCGCAGGCCUGUGCAAUCUGGAGCGAGGGGUAAAAGCCUGUCUCUGUCCACUCUGCUGGGGGGUACACCUGGAACAGGCCUCAUCACCAUUGCAUAACGCUGAGGUCUGAGAAAGCCUGGCUCCCAGCCUCAUGCGCCCCUCCUUCUGAGGCUAUGAGACAUGCAGUGGGGGGCCGCUGUUGGCAGAAGGUGGGGAGUCUCAGGUCUAAACAUCCCUGAAGGAAGGUGGGGACAAGGAGAGGGAUUCUUGUGUACUUUGUACAUAGGCCACACAUUUGUGUAAACAGUGUUUUUGAAUAAAGUAUUUUUUUUUUCAUA